CUCAACUCCCAUUUGCUUCGCUUCCUCUUCAAGCUUUCUGCUCUCUCUCUCUCUCUCUCUCUCUCUCUCUCUCUACUCUCUGACAAAUCUUCCAGAUCUCUUAAUCGCUUCACCACAUCAUCGCGUUUUUUUUGUUCCAAGCUUCUUGAGCAGAGAAGAUAAACUCGCAUCUCAGAAAAAUCCACUCGAAUGCUUCAUUCUUCGUAAAAGAUCUUCUCUUUUGUAAAGGGUUUAUGCUUUUUCCGGUGUUGAAUGAAUCUUCCUAGACUGCAAAUGGAAAAGCAAGAGGACAGCUUGUGGAGUUUGUGUCCUGUUCAGGAUAUUGAUACGGUUUUUGCCAAUAGACUACUCUACUGUGAUCUUUAUUUCAGACACUACAAGGAAACACUGAAACAUACCAUGCUUGGCCAAGAAUCUAUCUUUGAAAAUCAGAUCCACGAGCUUCAUCGUCUGUAUCAAAGGCAGAAGGAUCUGAUGAUGGAAAUGGAGGAAACCAAUAACAUAUACACUCAACCUCAACAUCUAUUUCCUAAUGCCGGGGGAAGAAGUAUACACUGGAUGGGUUCUAUCAUAUCCACAUCCAAAACUAGCGUUUGGCCACCAGAAGACGCAUCUGCCAAGAUUGAUGAAGCUGGAGUUUCUGGAGAUGAGAUUGAUAAGUCUGGAGAGAAGGUCUUGGAUCUUGAAUCACCGUCUUACGAGUAUCUUGAUAUGGAAGAAGAAGGUUCAAAGAAUGUAGAAGUUCCCAGCUUUCCUAAAGAUGAUCAAUCCCCAAGUUACAUGCCUCUUGAAUCCUUUGUCCAGCCCGAAAGUGUGCAGCAUUUAACCGGUUUGUCAAGGUUCAAAUGUAAACUUGACUUGAAUGAACCUGCCAAGAUCGGGGAACAUUCAGAUUAUGAGCUUAAUCAGUUCCUAACUCCAGCCCUAACAAGGAGUGAAAGAGCAGAACCAGAAGUGCAAGAGCCGCUAAUAUCUACAAAGUGUAAAGCUGAGAAUGGAAUCGACUUGAAUAUGUCUCCCCUUUCAUCUGAAGAAGAAGCAACUAUAAUCAGGACGAUCAAGUCAGAGCAGCAACCUCAAGAGUUUGUUUCAGCUUCAUUGCACGGAUCAGAGCCAUCACAUUCACGAGCGAUAGUUCUAGCGCUCCCAUCUUCAAAAACCAUUUCACUCUUCCACCAAUGUUACUCACGGCCUCGGCCUAGGAAGAAAGCUAAGCGUAAAGCAAAAUCCAGAAGUGUUGAAAAGUUUCCUCGCGGCAAAUCCAGGAAACGCUCAAAUCUUGGCUCAAACUUUGGUCUCAAUGAAGAUGAUAACCAUUCACUGAGUCCUGCCUCGUACAUCCCUGAUUCUGACCAUUAUCAAGAGCGUCUGGAGAAAGAAAGUUCAAAGUCUGUGCCUGAGGUUAAGAGAAGAAGUUGUCGUAAACCACACGUAGAAUCAGGCAAGGUUAUGGGGAAGAUUUCAAGAACCAAAUUAAAGACCAGAGGGAGCUUUCUUGUUACAGAGGAAGAGGAACAAGAGUUAUCCAUAGCAGCAGCAGAGGCUAUAGUUGAUAUUUCAUCAUCAGAUUUAGCUAAAAUGUCCAGCAUCAAAACCUCCUCUUAUUGUAUCACUUCUCUGGAUUGGUUUGCUAAAAUCGCAUCUUCGGUUGUUGAAGACUCAAAGAGUGAAGUUGGACUAUCGGUGACCGGAGUCCACUCUGAUUACCAAAUAGACGAUUUUGAGGCACAACUAACAGAGAUGAAGCCAAAGGAGCAAAGAACAAAUGUUCAUCCUAAACACAAGAGGACCCUGCGCAGUCGAGGAAAGCGACAACAACAUGACGGGUUUCUUCAGAACCUAAGAACUUUUACAGGAAACAAAGCCUCUGAAACGAAUGAUGCUCACUCCAGUUUGAUGGAAAACAUGGUAAUCGAUUGGGGAACCAUAAGAAAACGAAGAAGAGGCAUCAGAAGUCCUGCUGCUUUUACCAGAACCUCCAUACCUUUUUUGCUUUCAGGUUCUUGAGAUAUUAAAAGUCUAGUUACAGAGAUCAUACCACACCACAUAGGAGAGAUAUACUAAAUCAGUGAAACUUUUUUGGGUUUA